UUGGCAUGUGAAAACUGUAAUAUAAUUACACUGAUACCUAUAUCGACACAGCUCAAAUAGACCAGUACUCAUAGCAAUGAAUUUCGUUUUUCAGUCGCUGGUUUUUCUCAUUGUCUAUACGCUUGGUAUACACGCCGCAACUGAUCACUUCAGAUGGCCACGUCACCGAGGUCAUGGCAAUUCCGUUGAGCUCUGCAACGGACUUAUAAACUAUCUUGCAAAUGGAGGUACCCCGCGUCGUUUCCACUUCCCGUGCCUGUGCAUCCUAUCGGACCUGGAGCAGACCGAGUCUAACCUUAACACACAGAUCAGCACCCUUGCAUCACAGGUACAAAGCCAGACAAUGCAGCUAGCGGCCAUCAACCAAGCACUGGCGACCACCAAUAGCCAUUUGAUGGCUGUUUGCCCCGACUCCACGCCACUCAGAAAUGUCUGCAAUAACAAUAUGGCACCCUUCACUUUCGUUGAAUCUGCCGAUGGUUGCGUAGCCAUCUGCUACCGUGUCGUUGGCAACACGUUGAACUACGCAGACGCAAAAGCGGCUUGUACAGCCGAUGGUGGCUCCCUCAUCACUCUCGACACGCCGGAGAAGAAUGCCCUGAUGGUUAAUACGAUCAGAACAUCAAUGACUUUGAAGGACCGCAGCUUGUGGAUCGGCCUGAAGUUCGUAGGAAACCAGUGGGUGUGGGAAGGGAAUAAUGCCCCAGCGACCUUCACAGACUGGGCAACUGACGAGCCAGACACCAACCAACCUUGCGGGUCCUUGAAUCAAGGGAAACACCAUCGCUGGUUUGACCAGAAGUGUACAAAAACAAUUGACGCUGCUCUUUGUGAGCUUGUUGUUCCGACCAUGGGUGGCUAGUAGCAUGUUCAACAAAUAACUAAUAAAAUGGUUUACCGAUCGACAACUUUCCAAAUUGUAGGUCGGAGUAAAACCAAGUAAUUUCA